CGCUGCUGCUGUCCCGGGAUAGAGCAGCAGCUGCAGCAAGCGGCAGCGGCAGUCGAGUACACUGCUGCCGAGGCACACGCAUUAUAGCAAAAGAGCCUAGGAGGAGGACACACAGAGCUCUCAUGCAUCUCGCGCGGGCCUGCUGCUGCUGCUGCUGCACGAGCUCCUUAUUCUUCUUUCCUUUUUGCGAAAGAGAGCGAGAGAGAAGGAACGACGACGGCAAAUCGGCGUGUUGUGCGGCACGAAAGAUCACAGUCGCGAUGACUCGAUGAUGAUGAUCUUUCGAUCGAACUUGCAAUCGCGUUGAUCGGUGCUUUUAUUGUAUAGAUGAGAGAGAUCAUUUUUGAAUCGCGAGAUUAUCAUGCAUCGCUCGAGGGAACAAGUAUUACAUAGGAUAUUAUUUAUAACUACUUUGUUGCUGGGACAAGUGAUAACGGUCUUGGAGACGAAAACCAUCGGUGAGAGCACGGAUCGUGGCGGUUUAUCUUAUCACAAUGGACCAGAAUUUAUUGGGCCGGUGCAGAAUCUUACGGUCGCCAUCGGACGCGAGGCGACUUUCUCCUGCAGCAUCAGUAACAUCGGCAAAUACAAGGUCGGAUGGCUGAGGGCCUCGGACAAGAUGAUCAUAUCGCUGCACACGCGCACCGUGAUCCAGAACGAGCGCAUCGUCGUCAAGUACGAUCACGCGGACAAUUUCAAGAGCAGCAGCAGCAGUCAGGAGCAGUGCAACCACAAAUCCAGCAGCAGUAGUGGUUGCGGGGACGAGGUGGAGGAGACGUCGAACGGCACCUGGCACCUCAUCAUACGCAACACCAAGGAGUCCGACAAGGGCUGCUACAUGUGCCAAAUCAACACCAGUCCCAUGAUAUCGCAGAUCGGCUGCUUGGAUAUUUUGGUGUCGCCGGACAUUCUGAACAACGAGACGAGCGCCGACCUGUCGGUGGUCGAGGGGGAGAACGCCACUCUGGUCUGCAAAGCCGUUGGCAAGCCUCCGCCGCGGAUACUUUGGAAGCGCGAGGAUGGCCAACCGAUUUUGCUCAGAACGCCUUCGUACAGUAGCGUUCAGUUUCACGAGGUGCCGUCGUUCAACGACUCGCGAUUAGUUUUACAACGAGCCGACAGGAAGCAAAUGGGAACUUAUUUGUGUAUAGCUAGCAACGACGUGCAUCCGGCCGUGAGCAAGCGCGUCACCCUGUCGGUCAAUUUUUCACCCAGUGUUCAGGCUAUGAAUCAGCUCCUCGGAGCGCCAGUCGGUACCGAUGUUAUUUUAGAAUGUAGCGUAGAGGCUCAUCCAAAUACCGUGAAUUAUUGGCUAAAGAAUCCAAAUAAAAUGCUUUUAGAAGGACCAAAAUAUACAAUCAAAGAAAAACGCGAAGGCUAUAAAGUCGACAUGAUACUUAUUAUACGGCAAUUUAAGGAAGAUGACAUUGGCAGCUACAGUUGCAUAUCAAGUAAUAGCCUAGGCAAGGUGGAGGGCGUAUCUCGAUUAUAUAAGAUAGACGAUAUCAAUUCAAAUAAGAUUUCACACGCGUCGCAUCAUUACCCAGCUUCAGAUGGUAUAGCAGAUUCAGCUCAGAACUCUGGUGGCCAAAGUAUGAUUAGUGCAUUCGAAUAUUGCCAACUUCUUGUGCUUAUAAUUAAGGCUGCUUACUUAUUGACUGCAAUUUCAUAGGCAGAAAACUAAGCUAAAGUAAAACUGCUGUAAAUAUAAUGUUACCUCUAAUGUACUAGUAUCUAAUAUGUACCAUCGAUUUAC